AGCCUCUCGGUUCGGGGGUGUGGGGUUCCAUGAUGGAAGGCCAGCCGGAUGCGAUGGGGCACAUACCUUGUUAAUGGUGACGUCGAUGCUUGGUCUAAGCCUCUGAUCUCUAGACAUUGAUCAGCUCUAGAGCUUCAGCUUCAGCUUCAACCUGCAUCUUCAAUUAUAGCUUCACCUUGACCAAGUCGUAACUUCGCCUUUCGCUUAUCUUCAUUCAAACUAUACUUAUACACACUUCGAACAAUGAGCGCCAUCGCUUCAUACACCUAUGGUAACUUUCUCUGGUUGAGCACUCAAGCUCUUCCUCUUAUUGCCUGGCCCUCCUUUGUCGGGUCUCUUCUUCGGCCUGGCAAUGAGACAUCUACCACUUUGGAAACGUACUUUGGCCGCUCUUUAGGACUCGCUCUUCUUGCGCUCGGCCUUACCGUAGUGGUUCUCUCAGGCGUUCUUCCUCUCGAUUCUUCUUCCAAAGAAGCCCCCGAAGGCGCGCCGUCUCCCUACGCUUCCGCUGCGGUCCUCAUAUCCACCCUCCACCACGCUUCGAGCGCCUUUUACUGCUACGGUCGCUAUUCCUGGACUGGAGAAACGGGGUUUCUACUGGGCUGUGUAGGAAGUGCUGUCUUUGCGACCUUUGGAUUGUACUGUGUGUUGUUUGCUGGUGAUACAGCCAUGACGAGCCGGUACCACAAGUUUGACCAGAGCACAAGCGGAUUCCCUUUCAAGAACUCUCAAUCGUAUCGGGCCAAGAAGAAGGCUUUGUAAGAACAUGCUACGGGGGCAAGUAUGUGUAUCGUUUAUAAUUAAAUCAUGAUUUAGUCAGCUGUAUUGGGAAUCAGAACCCGUGUAUUGUAAGCUCCCAAUUUCCUCAUAACCCAACUCCCUCAACUCCCUUCCCGUGAAAUAUUUUAUGGUGCAAAGUUUUAUGGUGCAAAGCGUGCAAUUAUACCUGCCAUGGUCAAGGUAUCCGACGAUGUCUGGGUGGAUUUCGCCGAGGUGUCAAGAUAUCGGUGCUCCUUGGUGAAAGAUCUCCCUACGCAGUGAGCUCUGCCACUUUUGUCCCGUUGGCAACUCCUUCACUUUCAGCGUUCGCACCGUUUGUUCUCUCGCCUUCGACGCUCUCUACAGCACCAGGAACGUGAACAUCGACAACCCCCGUAAGGAUAGCCUGUCGUCGCUCAUGCCAAUUAACCUCGCUCUUAAUGACCUGCGAAAGCAACACCUCCUUCUCGAGCCACUCCUUGUAGUAGAUUUCCUCCCACUCCUUGCACUCUUUCGUAAGAGAAUCUCCAAUCUCCUCGGCCCACUUACUCUCCCAAUGGCACUUUCGGUACAGCUUGUCAACAGGAAGCUUAAGCUCAUCAGGGGCGAAGAGAUCUGGUGUCAAUGGCGUAAAGUACUCGGCGUUGGACUCAUCGCCAUUGGCAGCAUCGUCCAUGUCGUCAUGGGGGCCUUGCGAUUGUUGGUUGGUCUUCAUGAUGAUUUUUAUCUUGCCUCCCUUGCCCUGAGGCCCAGCUUGCAUCGACUUGGGAACAGGGUCAGAUGGACGGAGUGCUUCUGUCUCGUGAACCGUACGCAUAUGUUUGGCCAGUGCAUCGCUUCGCGUAAAAGACCGGUCGCAUUCUGCAGCGAGUUAGCAUGUUACGCAAAAAAAAAAUCCGCAGAGGUGAUUAUACCAGGUAAGUAGCAGUAAAAAGGCUUCUCCCUUGUAUGGCUGCGCAUGUGUGCCUUGAGAGCAUAACCACUAGCAUGCGGUAGGCCCUUUCGAGUACAGCUCAUCCAUUCGCAGGUAUACUUCUUCUGUCGGUUCUCAAUAUGCGAGUUAUGGAUGUGUUCAACCAGCUUGUCCAUGUUGCCCUGGUCGCCCGCUGGACAACCAUCCCAGUCGCAUUUCGUGACUUGUUCCUGGAAGUCUUCUUCGUCGAGGCGCGCAUUGAUCGGGGAACUGGGGAUAUCGCCUGAGGUAUCCGAUGACACAUCGGACAUGCCCUCGAGGGGAUCGGGUUCAGGCACCGCUUCGGCUUCGACAUCAGGAACUACAGCAGAAGAUGUAGUUGAACCGGCUUCGAGUCGCUGGCGCUUCGAGGGUCGCAGUGUUGAUUCAUCGUACUCAUGGCCGUCCUCUUCGUAUUGGUCUGACUCGUCCACCGAUGAGAGCGGCGACUCAGGUGGUGAGUAGUCGCGUACCAUUAUUCGCGACCUGGACGCUCAGGCGCGUCUCCUUAUCGAUGAAGCUGAGGGGAAUUGCGCGGGGUUAAUUGAUAUUGAUGAUAUUUGAAUAGCGGAGAAAUCUAACGAGCUGCUGGUUGAUGAUUGAGAUGCGGGAAGGACUGCGAGUAUCUUUGGUAAGCGGAUUGGUGAUUAUUUAGGAUGUGAGAUCCUGGGUUGCUCGUUAUUCAAAA